AUGUCAUCGUUUUCUCAAAAAAAUCUAGCAGCACAAAAUAUAGCAGAAACUGCCAACAAAGGGUUUAUGAGUUACAUCAACAACUGGACAUCUACCAGUCAACAAGAAGAUAAUAAAGUAAUUUCAUCAAAUCUUGACGAUCCUUUAAGUGUAUCAGAUAUAGAUUCCGACACCAGUAUGCUGAGUAAUAACAGUUCGAAAAACCAUCACUCAUCGAAAAGAUCGAGUCCCGCUCCAGUACCUUCUACUGUUACAAAGAAGACAAAGAUCACCGAUAAAUAUUUGAAAGAACUUCUGGCAUAUCAUGAACCGGUGUUUGAUAAGCCGCCUCCAACAACAAUAGGAAUCUUAGAUAUGAAUCAGUUAGAGCAUUCUACUAAAACCAUGCAAAAAUGCGUGUCCAGUAUACUUGAAAAGGCACCUAAUUGCAACCAAUUACAAUAUCUCAUUGAAUCAGACGAGAUAGAUAAUGGUAUUAGACUUGAAUUACAGGACAAUCCAUUGAUAGACACGGCAUCAAAAUUGAAAUCAUUACAUGAAAUUGGGAAGUUACCAAUUUUGGACCAAAUCAUCAAUGAUGAAGUCAAAAUAAGUGACGAUGAUUUGAAAAAAUUGAAAAAAAUACCUGCUAAAUCUAAUUCAGUCAAAGUAAAUUCACCUCGUGAUGUUGUACCAGAAAUUGCAUCUACAGGGGUUCACCAUGAUAUGCCACCGUUACCACCAAUAAAUGACCCUAAAUUGUUUGAACGGGUCUUUAUUCAUAAAUCCACAGUCAACAACAAGCAAUAUCUUGAAGCUAACCAUUUAUUACAUAGUCAUAAUGAAAGAUUGGAAUUCUACGGUGACUCUAUUUUAAAUAAUUUAGCGACUCUUAUAAUUUUCAAAGAGUUUCCUGAUUCUACUGAAGGUGACUUAUCGAAAAUUAGAUCAAAAUUAGUUAGCAACAAAACAUUAAUUAAAAUUGCCUUUCAAUAUGGAUUUGACAAAAAGUUACGUUCCAGAAUAAGUGAUGAUGUAUUGAAAACUGGUGAUAAAAAAAUAUUUGCUGAUGUAUUUGAAGCAUAUAUCGGAGCAUUAGCAAUGGAGAGGGGUUUCGAUUUGGAAGAUGUCAAAGAAUGGUUAGCAAAAGUGUAUGCACCAUUGAUUCAUGAGUUGAAAAUUGAAUACAUUGAGGAGCCAAUUGAUAGAGAAGCCAAAUCCAAAUUAUAUGGACUUAUUGGCCAAGAUGAUUUACAUCCAGUAUAUAAUACUCUUCAGAUGGGUGAUGGUAUUCAUAAUAAAUUUAUAGUUCAAUGCACCAUCAAUGGAGAAGAGUUGGGUCGUGGUACAGCAAACAAUUUGAAAGAGGCAGGGUUAAGAGCUGCCAUGGCAGGAUUAAAUAAUAAUGAAGUUUUGAAAAAAUACUUUGUGGCACGCCAACAAAUUGAAAGACCAAUUAAAUUACAACGACUCGAAAGAGAAAAUGCCAAAAAGAGGGAGGUCGCAGAAAGAUUAGAACAAGAAAGGAAUAACCUUCCUUCUACACCGCUGUCGCCAAUUAGAACCUCAAUGUUUCCUAUUUCAGUUAAUGAAAAUGAACCAUUGGACAUUGAUGCGAAAAACAAAUUAUAUGGUAUCCUUGGUAGAAAAAUUGGUGACAAACCAGCUUACCUUACAUCUCAGAUAAAUGGUAAUUUGUUCAAAGUUGUGUUAUGUAUUAGAGGCAUUACGAUCUGUGAAACAACUGACCCAUCGAAAAAGAAAGCCAUGGCCAGAGCAGCUCAAACAUUGUUAGAAAAUGAAAGUGCAAUGAGAGAAAUCUGUAAAGAUUUCCGAACUAAGGACUCACCAGAAUAA